AUGCACCACUGGAGACCCGCGUCAAGGACAUUGGCGUGCUCAUGGAAUGGAUUGACUCGCACACACAUUGCACGUAGAGCUACAGCUAUUUCAGCACGUUCGACCAUUUCUCGCUCUUCUCCCAGCCAUGCUCUCACCGCCACUCGUGCCAUUUCACUAAAGAGCCUCUUCACGCCGUCAAAGUCAAAGAAACAUGAGCAGCAGCAACAAGAGACAUCAAAGGUCAUGUUAGAACCUGACAACCUAUUCCACAUGUUAUCAAAGUCGCCUAUCGCUGAGCUGAAGGAUCGAGCUGCUAUUAUCAACAAGUACGGUGUAUGCCCUGUAUGCGACACUCACGAGACACCAGAGCACAAGAAGCAACCCGUCUAUGAAUGCCCUGAUUGCGGUUAUCCAACGCAUUGCAGUGAGGAGCAUUAUCAUGAAGGCCAUGAAGCCCACAAGGAGAUUUGUCAUAUCUUGCGAGAACAAAAUGAGGAUGAUCAUGACUUGCGCUCUGGACGAUCCAUGGUGGAAUUCGAGUUUCCCAGUGCACAAGGCUUCGAUGAGACUGUCAACAUGGCCAAUUGGGACGUCUUUUUCUACACACGCAGCUUCCCAUCUAUGGAUUCCGAUCGAUCAAUGCGACAUGUAUCCAAGCUUUUGACUUAUCCAAUCACCAUUGCUUCUGUACUCCAUCAAUCGUGUCCUUACAAGUUGGGUAAAGAAAUCACGUCCGAGGGCAUGCGUUCAAUCUCAGCACUUCGUACCAUUCUUUAUCCAAGAAAUGAAGUUGCCAAGGAUGGUGUAAGCUUAGUACGCUCUGAGACCAUCAAUGUGUAUAUUGUGGGUGCACGUGCUGAAGCCUCUCUACCACCGUACAUUUGGUUGCAACUUGCCUAUUUGUUCCCGCACACGCCAUUCCAUAUUCACAUGGUGGGCCCUGAUGCCCUAUCACCAUCUCAGCAACCCUACACCAAGUCAUUGAAUGAGCGUCUCAUGUUCACUUACGACAACAGCAUGUACCAUGACUACCAUGAAAAGAUUGAAGAAUUUGAUCCCUAUACCGAUCUCUUUUUCUUGUUCUCCCCUGGUAUUGGCCAUCCAUCAGCAAGAGAGGGCUGGAAGCAAUCCAUUCAAAAAGCAUUGGAGACCAAAUGUCCAAUUUUCAUUACCGGCUAUGACCAAGCGGAUGUGAGCACGGACGUGGCAGCUGUGGAAGAGGAUUACCAAGGCGAAUUUGAUUGGGUGAUGCGACCGACUGAAAACGUGUUCCGUAGCUUGAAGCGUGAUGUGAACUUGAUGGAUGUACGACAAACCAUCUUCGCCAACUGGGGUCUGUGGGGUAUCCGUGGCAAGCGUUACGAUGUCACGCACACACCAGAAGACGACGACGAAUAG